CGUUUCCAUAUACUUCUAUCUCUUUCCUUGUUCUUUCCUUCUCUUGAAAUUUCUGAUGUUUGACGAGUUGUGGAAUGAUCUGCAAUACAUGGUUUUGGGCAGAGAUGACCCAGAACUGUUUAUUCCUCAUAUGACUUACGCUGACGUGUUAGCUAGGAACCGGCUUAGCUUGAUUGGGAGACCCCUUAAUCCCAGAGAAUAAGACCUUAGGCGUGUGAUCUUCUAUCUACCUCAUCAUUGGGGUGUAGCUACGAGGGUUCAUGGAAGAGUAUUAGCUGACAGUUAUGUCCAGUUCUUAUUCCAGCCAAAGGCUGAUCUGUUUAAUGUUCUACGAAGAGGUCCUUGGGUGGUUGACAACUGGUUUGUGGCUUUGCAAAGGUGGGAAGACUUUCCAGAGAUGGAUUUCCUUACUAGUAUUGAUCUUUGGGUUCAAAUACGAGGUAUACCCUUGCCUUAUGUUUCAGAAGCCUCUGUUUUGUUUAUUGCUAAAACUCUGGGAGAGGUUGUUCAUGUGGACUUCAAUGAAGAGACUUCGACGCAGAUUGAUUUCAUAAUAGUUAAGAUAGGAAUUGGACUCACAGAUCAUCUGCGUUUUUUUAGAAAUGUCAGAUUUGAAUCAGGGAAAGGAGCCAUGAUAGGUUUUGAGUAUGAAAAACUCAUGAAGAUUUGUACUAACUGUUCUCUCAUCAACCAUGAUUCCGUCCACUGUCCGUAUCCUGUUCCACCUGUUUAUCAUGAUGAUGUCCUUGAUGUUCCAGUUGCUCAGGUUUUUGAAGAAGGAGAGGGUUCCAACAUUUAUAGCUUUCUUAACGAGAAACCCUCCUCUCAAAGUUCUGAGCUUUCCUCUUUCUCUUCCAUAUCACAGCCUCCAAGACCUGCUAAUCAUGUUCCCAAUCUGAAGGAAUUCUUAGCUGCUCACCCUCUCAAAACUAGACUUUCUUCAAGCUCAGACUUCUUAGGUGCCUCAUCUAAGGCUAAGGACGACAACAUAAGGAAAGAAAUAGUUAACUAUGAAGAUGGAGAGUGUUCUAAACGCAGGAAAGGCCAGCAGGUUCAGUUAGAAACAAAGAGAAACACUCGUCCACAAAGACAUGAUCUUGGUGUUCGGUUUUAUCCAACUGAACAUACAUCUCCCUGAAAACUGAAUAAAGUUUCUAAAUCUCAGAGAGUGAUCAGUUUCUUGGUCUCUGAGAUUCAUCCGUGUAACUUAGGUUUUUUGUUUAGCUUUGAUUAUAAUCCUCACUUUUCAGAUCAAGCUAGUGGAUGUUUUUUUGUUCACGCCUUCUGGUGUUAUGAUCUAGGUACCAGAUGAAGAAGAAUGGUCUCGUAGAAGAAAUUCAUUAAGACCAUUGACAACAAGCCUUUUGAUAAUGAUGGAGGGAUAAGCAAGAAACUCUCAUAUCCUAAGCUUAUGAUGUAUGCUUUAAGAUCAUUUUCAAUGAUGCUCAUUGAAUUCUUGAUUUUACUGUGCAUGAUUUGGAGUUGAGUUUAUCCUACCAUCAUCCAGUAGCUUCUAAUGAAGUCUUUGUAGUUUAAUGUUACUCUGUUUCUCAUGUUUUGCUGUAAUAACCUUCACUCACCAGCAUGGUUUUUCACCAUUGAUGGUUGUUGCGUUUGUUUGUUAU